GUAGACUAUCUUGGAAUUUUUCCAAAGGCGUAAAAGUUUCCAUUCUGGAGCCACCGAGUCCUACAGGCCCCCCAGUCCAGGUCCUGGACCAGUGGGAAGUACAUGAUGAUAUUUCUGGGAGAAAAUACUACGUCCACACCAUUAGUAAGGAGAGAUCCUGGAAACCACCCAGAUCAAUCCCAGGAAAGAAUGAUACAAAGGAACCCUGUGAAGCCCUGAAAGACAAGCUGCCAGCUGGUACUGUUCAGAUGAGGAUCAAGAAUGCAAAUUCACAACUUGAUAGACUGAGCCAGACCAAAUCUAUGGUCCUCAUUGAUCCCGGAGAGGCCAACAAACAGAUUUCUCGCCAUCGAAGGAAUCACUCUCAACACUAUGUGACUGACAACACGAUUCUGAAAGACAUUCUAGUAACCCAAAAUAAAGAAGGAAUUUUAAAUAAAGCCAAGAUAACAGACAAAGGGAAGAAAUUACGAAAAAAUUGGAGUACAUCGUACGUUGUGCUUUCUGAUCGGAAGCUGGACUUCUACAAGGAUGCCAAGGAGCUGACACCAAAUGUGAAAUCAGGUUCCAAAUCAGACUCUAUAGACUUAUAUGGAGCAGAAAUUGAGUGGACGACUGAGAAAUCCAGCCGGAAAAAUGUGUUCCAGAUCACAACAGUAUCGGGAAAUGAGAUCCUUCUUCAGUCUGACACAGAUAUUACUAUACAGGAAUGGUUCCAAGCAAUCCGAAACACAAUUGACAGCUUGGGAAAAGGCCAGUUAUUUCCUCCCCUGAGUAUUAACGUCUGGAAAUCUUCCAGUGCUGAGAUGUUGCACCAUGGAGCUGAGCUUAAAGGAAAAAAAAAUGAACAAAGAAAGUCUCUGGUAUUUAAAUUAAACUACAGUGCUUCAGACACGUCUGACAGAAACCGUGUUAAAACCAGAUUAAAGAAGUUUAUAUCCCGUCGACCAUCGCUGAAAACUCUACAAGAGAAAGGACUUAUUAAAGAUCAAGUCUUCGGCUGUAGUCUGGAGACUCUCUGCAGACGUGAGAACACCACAGUUCCGCACUUUGUUACAACGUUUGUUGAAGCUGUGGAGAAAAGAGGCUUAGAUGCCGGCGGCUUGUACAGAGUCAGCGGGAACCUGUCUACGAUACAAAAGUUGCGAUUUGUUGUAAACCAGGAAGAGAAGCUGAAUUUGGACGACAGCCAGUGGGAGGACAUACAUGUUGUCACCGGAGCACUCAAGAUGUUUUUCCGAGAGCUGCCGGAGCCGCUGUUCCCGCAUAGCUUCUUUGAGCAGUUUGUGGAAGCAAUAAAAAUCCAGGACAGUAAACUGCAGGUGAAAGCAAUGAGGGACCUCGUGAAGCAGCUGCCACCAUAUAACCAUGACACAAUGAAAGUUCUUUUUAAACAUCUGAGAAAGAUUGUGGUCAAUGCAUCUACAAAUCUAAUGUCAACGCAGAGUUUGGGGAUUGUUUUCGGACCGACCCUUUUGAGACCAGAUAAUGACCCAAGGAACAUGGCAGUCUACAUGGUUUAUCAAAACCAAAUUGUUGAUCUUAUGCUAAUGGAAUUUGAUGCAAUAUUUUGCUGAAAUUGUUUAUCAGAUGGUUCAUUUUUUAUCAUUCGCAAAACUUGGAAACCACUUUCAUUUUUCACUUUAUUAUUCACAUGUUUAUCAGUAUUUUUUUAUAUUUUGUUUUCAUUUUUUCUGUCAAAUUUACAUAGUCCAGCAAAGUAUGACCAAAAGUAAAGUGUGAUAUAUCACUGUAUGUAGUUGAAACUAUAUAAUUCGUAUAUUAAUUUUUAAUAAAUACAAAUAAGGAACCGUCA